CCCGGUGCGCCCCUUCCUCCCUUUCCUUCGUGCGAUUCUGAAACUUUGGAGGUACCGGCUCCCCCGGCGUGCUUAAAAGCCCCUUCCAGACCCUGGUGCCUUAUCUUGAUCUCCUGCCCCUGUGAGUAUCCUCACGAGGCGGAGGAAGACGAAGAGAAAAGCCUGCUUACUUAGCAGGAGCAGAAAAGAAACCUGUCCCAGGGCUCAGAAAAGUUUUCGGAAAGGGUUUGCAUGUUAAUUCUUCUUCCGUGUUCUCCGAAUCGCAGUCUCUUUUAUUAAGAGUCUCUGGAUCACGAAGGAAGGCCAUCUGGGUACCCUCCCAGAGCCUCCCUUUCCACUUUCUCUUCCAAAAUGCUGUGAUCUGAUGGCGGCUUUCUCUGCCCGGGCCGCUGGUCUCCCUGAGAGGGGGAGGCCACAGUGGAAAGGCCAUUGAAUAGCUGGACAUAGGCAAAUGCAGGAUGGUAGUUCAGCUUUUCAUUACUCUUAAUCUGGGAAAGCGACCUGAUUCGAGCAUCAACUGAGAGUUUACUGAAUGCCAAGUGCUAUGCUUCAAGCUGUGAAGGAAUUCUGGAGACAGAAAAUACAGCCCUUUUUCUGAAAAGCUUAGGUUCUAAUGAGAUUAUGUAUAUACACACUCCAAUAAAUGCAAGUUAGCCUUUUACGUGACGAAGUACAGGGAGACUCAGUUACUGGAAACAGCAAACCCAGUUGGAAGUUUUCAUAAAGAGGAUGUGUCUUGAGCAGGCUCACAAAAGGAUGGAAUCUGGCGGAGAGUGAAACGGUCUUUUAGGACUUAGCCUUCCUUUGUGUACUCCUGGAAGUAGGAAAGGAUGAGUGAUGUGCAAAAGAAGAGAUGUGGGGUUUUUUGAGGAUCUGGCAUAGUAUUGGGCGGCAUAUCCUUUAACGAAAGGAUAAUGAAGGGGCCAUUGGAUUUAUCUCAGAAGAGGUCUCUUUGUAGCUUUCAAAAAGCAAUUUCAAUAGAGUGGCAAACAAGGAAUCCAGCUUUGGAGAAAUGAAAGAGAUAGUUGAUGAAGAAAUGGAAAUAGCAGUGGUGGAGAUCCAAGAAGGGAAGACAACUAUAAUUGAAGGCCGAAUCACAGCGACUCCCAAGGAGAGUCCAAAUCCUCCUAACCCCUCUGGCCAGUGCCCCAUCUGCCGUUGGAACCUGAAGCACAAGUAUAACUAUGACGAUGUUCUGCUGCUUAGCCAGUUCAUCCGGCCUCAUGGAGGCAUGCUGCCCCGAAAGAUCACAGGCCUAUGCCGGGAAGAACACCGCAAGAUCGAGGAGUGUGUGAAGAUGGCCCACCGAGCAGGUCUAUUACCAAAUCACAGGCCUCGGCUUCCUGAAGGAGUUGUUCCGAAGAACAAACCCCAACUCAACCGGUACCUGACGCGCUGGGCUCCUGGCUCCGUCAAGCCUAUCUACAAAAAAGGCCCCCGCUGGAACAGGGUGCGCAUGCCUGUGGGGUCACCCCUCCUGAGGGACAAUGUCUGCUACUCAAGAACACCUUGGAAGCUGUAUCACUGACAGAGAGCAGUGCUUCCAGAGUUCUCCUGCACCUGUGCUGGGGAGUGGGAGGCCCACUCACAAGCCCUCGGCCACAACUAUACUCCUGUCCCACCCCACCACGAUGGCCUGGUCCCUCCGACAUGGAUGGACAGGGGACAGUGGGACUAACUUCAGUACCCUUGGCCUGAGCAGUAGCAAUGCUGGGAGCUAGAGGCAGGCAGGGCAGUUGGGUCCCUUGCCAGCUGCUGUGGGGCUUAGGCCAUGCUCAGUGCUGGGGACAGGAGUUUUGCCCAAUGCAGUGUCAUAAACUGGGUUCGUGGGCUUACCCAGUGAGUGUGUGCUCACUGCUUGGGAAGUGCAGGGGGUCCUGGGCACAUUUCCAGCUGGGUGCUGAGCAUUCGAGUCACUGAUCUCUUGUGAUGGGGCCAAUGAGUCAAUUGAAAGGAAUUCAUGGGCCAAACAGGUCCCAUCCUCUUCA